AUGUUUUGUCCGCUGUGUGGUAACCGGAUCUCCGAAAAUCAUAAGUUUUGUUAUAAAUGCGGCAAUCCAUCGCCUGGUGAUACUGGUUGCUCGUCAAAGGCUAUUCCAAAGCCACAUUCUCCGGAUAGCGAUGACAAAUUAAAGGUAUUUUUAAUAUUAAUAAACCUGUAUUAUGUAAGAGUUAAUUACCGAGAACGAGGUUUCUUAGCGAGAUACAACCCGAGGGGCGUGUCCCGAAGAAAGCAUCCCGAGGGCCGUAGGCUCGAGAGAUGCUUUCUGAGGGCAACGCUCCCGAGGGAUGUAUCUCGCUAAGAAACCGACGUUCGAGGUAAUUAACUGACUUAGUUCAAAUUUGUAAGGAUUUUAAAAAAUGAUCAUACUUACGCCCACUACUCAUUAAGGUACAUGCAUGUACAGUAUAAGCAUAAACUAAAAUUAUUACAAGGCAGAACAAGGAAAUGCAGUGAAUGGUCAAGUGCAUGCACAAGGUACAACAAAAGGAAAUUAAGGAAAGUCACGCUUUAUAAAUUUUCUUUUGUCUGUAUACGUUAAAGCAUUCUAUAUGAUUUGUGUACUUCGUAAACACUUAUAGCAGUCAUAUUUUGUUAAUUAACUAGGGAAAUGAAUUAAUAUUCUAAAUUAUUGUUCGUACAGCAUACUGUAAAUUCAUAUAGAAAUUUAGCUAGACAUGUAGAUGAACCAUUUUCUUCAGUUAUGUAUGUAUGCAUGCAUGGAGAAUGAGCGGUGGUUAAACUAUGAACGACACAAACAGCGACGAAGAUAUCUUUAUACCGCAAAAGGAUGGACUGGUCAUCGCGACAUAAGAUCGUUGCAGAAAUAUGAAAGACCCGAUAUUAAAACAAAACUGAUUGAAAUAUCAAAAUCUUUGGAUUGUCGCGUUAGCAGGGGCUGCAAAGUUAACAGUGCGAGUGAAGACCCGAUGCCGAUGGCUGAGAAGAGAAAUUCUACGAAGGAAGAGAUGCAGCAUAAACAUAUGGAAAGGAAGAGAGCACGGCUAGAAAUGCCGGAGGGAAGUUCUUUUUAACUUCUAUUAAUUUGAACAAUUUGAGUUUGAGUUUUAUCGUACGAAAUAUAUAGCUAUAGCGUGUUAGGGACAGAGUGGAACAACUGGUACAUGUAUAGUAUAUACGGUACAUUGUCAGUGUAAUUAUUAACUUUUGUAAUGUUUUGAUUGUAGUGUGUGUAAAAGCAGUAAGUCGGUGCAUUUCUGCAUCGGGUUUUAUCUGUAUAAAACCCGGCUUUCCUAGGGUUUUAUCUAUAUAAAGCCGGGUUUUAUAUAGAUAAAACCCGUGAAUUUAUAAUUAUUAAUUCAAUUCUAUUCAUCAACCCCACUUUUCCCUGGAGAGAUAUCAAAUCCCUCCCCUUGCUUUAAGAAUCUUACCCAAAUAAAACCCGACUGAGAACAAUAGAAAUCCGCACAAAUUUGAACUAAGAAUGGUUGCAUCCAUAGACAUCCUGCAGCUAACUUAUUUAUAGAUUUUACUCGUACAAGUUGUAUAAAAUAUCUUGUUGUUUUAAUAUAUUGACGAGCAUCUUCAAUGGCAUAAUCAAAUCACACAUGUUAAUAGCAAAAUAGCCAAGAUAAGAAUAGUAUAGUAUAGGAAUUUUAUUUAAACUACGAUGUUACAAGAUAUCUGUUUUCUUGGGCUAAGUACCGAAUUUUGGCCUAAAAAAAUGGGAUAAAGUCCCUCGAAAGCAUUUGCAACGUACUCGUCCGGCAAAAUUUUGUACUCCGGAAAAAUUUUUUUACCCCUAAAAUGGUACACUGACCGAAAAUUUUUUGGCAACGGGGGGGGGGAUUUUUAGAUAGGGGCCCCUAAAAAAAAUUUGCCCCGGGCCCCCGCCAACCUCUGGGCAGCCCUGAACCAGCUCGAAAACUUUCCUCCUCUGGCUGUCGCUCACUACUGCUUUUUUGGUUUGAAAUUUCAAAAUAUUUAAUUAUUUUUAACCCCUAUAAAUAUAUAGUUUAUUUUCUUCCUGUAUUUAAAAAAAAAUGUAAUGUUACAGUAUGUCUUAUGAAACAGUGUUAAUAAAAUUUUGAAUUUGAAUUGAAUUUUAGUCCAAAGGUACAGGUUCAAGUUCAACACCAACAUUUGAGGCAUUUCAAGCAACAAAGAGGAAAGAAAGGGCAUCUAAUUUUAGACCGAAAGGGAAUACGGCAAAGCGUAAAAAAAAUGGUGAUGAUACUAGUGGAGAAGUUGCAAUAAAUUUCGGGAUCAUGUUCUACGAUGGAAAUCAGUUAAAACCUCAAAGAUCGGCGAAUUUAUCAGUGAAAGUACCAAAGGUUUCGACCAAAGAUGAAUUGCUGGCGACUGGUUUGGCCAAACACAAAGCUCACUCUAAGAACUUAAUCAAAGACAAUAUCAAAUACGUUUUGCUGUACCCUGAUGGUUCACUCGUUGAUAAAUUGAGAGAAAGUGAUGAGAGAUUUGUACUGUACAAGUACAAGAAUGAAUACGGUAAAGCAUACCAGCGUAUAAAUUUUUACAUUUGUCCUUCCCAUGACUAUGAUGAGCAUACCCUAAACGGAUUAGGUGAUCUUUGGGUUGAGUCGGAUGAAGGUGACAUAGAAGCAGUUAACAGUGAUACUGAAAUUGUUGAUUUAGCAUGUAAUAGAAAGCAAAUUAGGAGAACAUCUUCAACUGUGACAACAGCAGACAAUUUGUCAACUAGUUUAACUGUAUCAAACCCUGUUAAUACUGCAAUCAAUGUAACAACAGAGCAAAGUGGAGCCUGCUCGACUGUAACAGCAACACCACACAAUUUGUCAGCUAGUUUGAAUGUGUCAACUAACCCUGGGAGUACUACACUUGAAGGAACAACAAUUUUGCAUCAUGGAAGUACACUGUCAACAGUAUCUAAUACAUUGGAUGAGAACAUCAACUCUUUGUAUGAAUCCAUCACUGAGAUGUUUCCGCAGUGUAGCCCAUCCCAUGCUAGAAAUGCUCUGUUAGCUACAGACAACAAUCUGGAAGCUGCAGUAAAUUUGAUUAUUUCUGACCAGGCUCCAUCAAGUACCACAACACAAGAAAUUUAUGCUUCCUUCGAAUUUUGCAAUGAUAUCACAAAUGACCCAGAUUUUACAUACAAUAACAAUCCAAGAGAAGACGAAACUGCACAACACAGUGUAGCAGAUGAAAUAAAUUCAACUGCAGAUAAUUUACAGCUCUGCGACUUAUUGAUUCAGCAACGCAACCAAAAACUUAGGACGGACUCUUCUCUAAGAAUAAAGGUCAGAAGAAGUCAUGUCUGGGAGGAUGUUAAAGUUAAGCUAAACAAAUGCUCGGAGGAAGAUCUUGAACAAGGAAUCCGUGUUCAGUAUGUGGGAGAACCAGCAGUUGACACAGGAGGGCCUAAAAGAGAAUUGUUUUCCUUGCUUCACAAACAUAUGAAUGAUUCCAACUCAAUGUUUGCUGGAGAAAGCAACAGUAAGUGUUUUUCUAACAAUGUUAUUGCCCUAGAACAGCAGGACUACCUUAAGUAUGGUAGACUCUGUGCAAUGUCAAUCAUACAAGGUGCAGCCAGUCCUAGUUUCUUUGCCUCUCCUGUUGUAGACUACAUCCUUCAUGGCUGUGUGGAAAAGGUUACAAUUUCAGUUGAAGAUGUUCCAAAUGCAAAAGUUAGGCAAAAACUUGAGGAACUCCAAAGAACUUCAGAUCCAGAAGAUUUCAAACAACUGGCUUCAUUUAAUUGUUCCAUGCGUUUCAAGGCUGGUUACACAAAGCCAAUUGUUACAAUUGAAGACAAAGCUUCAUUGAUACGGUACAUUUGCCUUCAUUACACUCUGCUGUAUUCUUUACCUCACAUGGAGCAAUUCAUCAAUGGCUUGAAGUUGUAUGGUCUUUUAGAAGUCAUUCGUCAAGUUCCUGAGAAAGCGAGAGUGUUGUUCCAAGUCUGUGAAGAGAGUCGCCUAACUGCUGAAAUUGUGGAUGAGUUGUUUGAAGUGCAGUUUUCCCCUGAAGGAAGUAAUAAGCGUCAGCAAGAGGAAGCAAUUGCAUUCCAUUUCACCACGCUUAUGGAAGACAUUGAAAUUGGUGCAAUAAAGGGUCAGGUUUUUGACUUCAGCACUGAAAGUAGUACAGAAGUGGUGUUUUCACUUGGAGAUAUUCUACAGUUUGUCACUGCCUCUCCAUCAAUACCUGCUGUGGGUUAUCAGCCACGCCCAGUAAUUGCUUUUAACCACUUGGAUACAGGCCGAAAGUUGCAAGCAAACACUUGUGCUAACAAGUUAUUGCUACCAGUGAAUGAUCUUCUCUUAAACUAUGAUUCAUUUAAGGAGGAGAUCACAUCAUGUAUUCUAAUGUCUCCUGGUUUCGGUAAUGUAUAA